UUGACACCGAUGGAGGUCGUGUGGUCGGCCCCCACCAUGCGGACUCGCUGCGUGGCCAGGUCCAGGGAGCAGCUUCUGCAGGACCUGCUCUCGUCGGGCCAGCAGAUGCCGCCGCACCUCCAGAGCUCAAGUAACAACAACAACAACAGCAGUAGUAUGUACAGCCCCGGCGCCACCUACCCGCCCCCUCACCCGGCCGCCCACACCGGACAUCGGACGGCCUACUCUGCCUCUCAGCCAAACACUUCCGUAGGAGGGUCCCUUCCCCCCUCGCCGGCGGACUCUGGCGUAUCUGACGUGGACUCCUCCAGUGGACACACCAGUAAUGACGAGUCCAAAACCAGACUACACCUCACAGUGUGUGGCUCCCGGACCCCGGACUCCCCGUCGUCGGGCGCCGAGGCAGGAGGUGGCGGCCUGCCGUCCUUCCACCCGACCUACUCUCCACAACAACUCCACAUUCGGUCCACGUCACAGCCGCCUCACACCCCCAACCCCUUCCCCAGGCCUCAAGAUUCUCAGGUGAUGGGUGGGUACGGCGGAGUGGGCGUGUCCGGCGGCUACCUCGAGGGCGGCUCCCCCGGGGGCGUAGCCGCCGCGUACGGCGUAACCUCCCCUCAUUACACCGGCCACUCCUCGGGCCUCACCUCCCCCCUGCUCGGCCCUUCAGCCUCACACAUGAACCACAUGGUCUCCUCGGGCAUGGGCGCGGCUCCCUCCACGGCGUCCCCCUCCUCGUCGUCCUCUGCCGAAGACUUCUUUUUGGGCGACAUGGGCUUCCCUCCCAGGAUGAAGAAGAAGGGGCGCAAACCCAAGCCCGCGGACGGCCAAGGGCAGCAGCCGGGCAUGAAGAGGAAGAGCAGAGAAGGCUCGACAACUUACUUGUGGGAGUUCCUUCUGAAGCUGCUUCAAGACAAGGAAUGUUGUCCUAAGUACAUCAAGUGGACCAACCGCGAGAAGGGCGUGUUCAAGCUUGUGGACUCCAAAGCUGUCUCGAGGCUGUGGGGUCUCCACAAGAACAAGCCCGACAUGAACUACGAGACCAUGGGUCGCGCUCUCAGAUACUACUACCAGCGUGGAAUCCUGGCCAAGGUCGACGGCCAGCGCCUCGUGUACCAGUUCGUGGACGUCCCCAAGGACAUCGUCGAGAUCGACUGCACCGGAGCGUAAGCGGAAGAGUUGAAACUCCACUGGGUCAUGGACCGUCGCCAAAUGCUUGCUACAAGUAGUCGCAUCGGGCCGAGCGCGAGUCGACAGUCGCAAGGCAUCGAGGAGCAGAGCGCGGCGACGACCUGGGAGGCUCAGCCGCUCAAGACGAAGUGAUCCCGACGGUGGUGGUGCGGUCGAGGCACAACACAGCCACCUGCGUCGUUCAGCGCAAUGGUUUCCUUCCGACAAUAAGAAGAGCCCGUGACGUUCAAGAAAGAAGUUUUUGUAAUAUAGAUAUUCUAUGAGAAAAGGAACUGAGCUUCCUGUAGCCUAUUUCUGUAUAUAUUGCCUCCAAUCUCUAUAUUGUAAUGACUAUCACUCGCCAUGAGUUUUGUAAAUAGUAUAUAGAUAAGAUUAAUGAUGAUAAUUAUUUUAUUACAUGCGCCUCUUAAUCGAAGUGGCAAGACUCCGUGUCGAACACUGUGAGGCUCAAUCUCCUCCUACCCCAUCCAGAAUGUGAUAGCAGGCAGCCCGCGGACACACUAUGAAACAGGGCUGAUCAGUGUAGGUUGUAGUGAGACGAGUCCGUAGCCGCGCCUCAUUCUUACAAUAUCCCUUGAGCGUGACUUGCUACUCGCGCCCUUACUACUGGAUCCACUCGGAAUCGUAGCGUAUCUCAGACCAG